AUAUGUCCUCACGGCCUUUUCUCUCCACCAACAGGACAUCAUGAACACAUAUCAAGAGGAGAACCAGAACCUGUCAUCUGGGUUCUUCAUCAUCGGCUUCUCUAAUACCGCACACCCGCUACGACUCUUCUUCUUUGCCCUUUUCUGUCCCAUGUACAUGGUCACACUGAUAGGGAACCUGCUUAUUGUGACCUUGACAGUGAGAGACCAGGCUCUCCACACCCCAAUGUAUUUCUUCCUGGGCAGCCUUUCCACAGUAGAGGUGGGUUAUACCCUGGUCAUUGUGCCCAAGAUGCUGGCAGGUUUCCUGGUGCCAGGCAGCAGGGCUAUCUCAUUUUGGGGAUGUGCCACCCAGAUGUACUUCUUUGUGGCCUUGGGGGGCUCUGAGUGCUUCCUGCUGGUGGCCAUGGCCUAUGAUCGCUAUGUCGCCAUCUGCCACCCGCUGCAUUAUGCCUCUAUCAUGAGCUGGAGGGCACGUGCCCAGCUACUGUUGGCCUCCUGUGCUGGUGGGUUCACACUCGCCUUGGGGCUGACAAUUCUAGUUUUCCAGCUGCCCUUCUGCCAGUCCAAGUGUGUCAACCAUGUCUUUUGUGAUAUUCCAGCUGUGCUGGCACUGGCCUGCGGAGACAACUUCCUCAAUGAGAUGGCUCUACUGGUUGCUUGUCUCCUCAUCCUCAUCUUCCCCUUCCUGUUCAUCCUGGUCUCCUACAGCCACAUCCUGAGGGUGGUCAUUCAGUCCUGCUCAGCAGAGGGGCGCCGCAAGGCCUUCUCCACCUGUGCCUCACACCUGACAGUCGCUGUGCUUCACUAUGGCUGUGCCACCUCCAUGUACAUCAGGCCCACAGCCAGUCACUCACUGGAGCAGGACAAGCUCGUAUCUCUCAUCUACAUCAAUGUCACACCCCUGCUCUAUCCUGCCAUCUACACACUCCGCAACAAAGACUUCAGCAAUGCCCUGGGCAGGGUACUGGCCUGGCAGAGGUAUGCCUAGAAGCUGUGAGUGCACUCACAGGAGACAAGAACAGGCAGCAGCAAGCCUCAUUCAUGCUAAGGACUUGCUUCUUCAUCCUAUGAGGAGUGCCAGUGUCACCAGGGAGUGCAUAUUCAUGUUGAGAGCCUAUCAUG